GGACACUCGACUCUUCUUAAUAAAUCACUCCAGAUGAUAGGAGAACAUGAAUCCCGUUAAUGUCACACUCCAUCCCAGUAUGUGGCGGAAUAUGCGGAAUAAGCUGGCCAUAAAAAAAACACCAGAAGAAGAAGACGCAGACGCACCAUUUCGUGGGCGUUGUCAGUUCCCCUUAUCUUUGAGUGUGUUUUAGAAUUACGAACACGUCAAAGGUUGUAAAGUAACCUAAUUAGCCAUCUUUAUUAAAUUCAGCAUCUUCACAGCUCAACAUACGGACAUGCUAUCCGUCUUUCUGUUCUUACUAUUAAUCUACGGUGUGUCUGAUAAAGAGACAGAAGAAUCUAAACCUGAGCCGAUGACGGUGAUGGAGGGAGAUUCUGUGACUCUACACACUGAUCUUACUGAAGUAAUGAACGAUGAUACCAUUCUGUGGCUGUUUGGACCUAAAGACUUGCUCAUAUCUCAGAUGAGGCGAAAAGAUGACUUCACUCCGGUUUUUUUCACUGAUGAUCCUGGAUUCAGAGGCAGAUUGCAGGUGGACCAAAAGACUGGAUCUCUGACCAUCAGAAACACCAGAACCAGACACACAGGACAAUAUAAACUCACCAUCUCUAGAGAAAUUACUACAACAAAGACAUUUAAUGUCACAGUCAUUGCUGUGGUUGGUGAGACGGAUGGAAUGAAGUCAGAGUCAGUAUCAGUGACGGAGGGAGAGUCUGUCACUUUACGCAAUGAUGCUGAAAUACAGAAAGAUGCUCUGAUGCUGUGGAGGUUUGGAGAUAAAGGUGUCCUCCUGGCUAAAAUCGAUAUCGAGGCCAACAAGACCUCAUUACACGACGCUGAUGAGAGAUUCAGAGAUCGACUGCAGCUGGAUCUUCACACCGGAUCUCUGAUCAUCACAAAAACCAGAACCACAGACUCUGGACUCUAUGAACUACAGAUCAGAGGCAUUGAGAGCUCACGGCGAUUCCUUCUGUCGGUCAGUGCUGUCCCAGGACCACAGCUGUCUUCAGGUGCUAAAGCAGGGAUAGGUGUUGGUUUUUUAAUUCUUGUUCUGCUGCUUGUGGCUGCAGCUUUAGCUGCGAUUUACUACCACCACAGGAACUUUAAAUUAAAAAAGAAAAUGGAGGAAGAGAAGAAGUCAGUGAUGGAGGGAGAUUCUUUAACUCUAUUCACUGAUCUUACUAACAUACAUGGUAUUGAUACGAUAGAGUGGUGCUAUGAAGCUGAAGACAAUCGCUUUGCUGAAAUUAAUAAGAGGAAAAUUAAUAUAUUAUCUACCAGUGCUGAUGGGAGAUUCAGAAGCAAACUGAGGCUGAAUGAAAAAACUGGAGAUCUCACCAUUAACAACAUCAGAACCAUACACUCUGGACUCUAUAUACUAAAGAUCAGCAGCAGCAGCAGCAGGAAAAGUGGCUGCGGCACCAAAAGCACCACAAGAACAAAACGCAAGAGAUUCAUUGUUACUGUCGGUGUGAGGACAUUGACAAAGAAGGUGGGAGAACGUGUCACUCUCAAGACUGAUGCUGAAUUACAGAGUGGUGAUCUAAUGCUGUGGACAUUUGGACCUGAAAACCGUCUCGUUGUUAAAACUGAUUCAGGAAGGACUAGCAUUAGUGAGAGUUUCAGAAACAGACUGGAGCUGGACAACGAAACUGGAUCGCUGACCAUCACAAACAUUGAAAUCACAGACUCUGGACAUUUUAAACUACAGAUCAUCAACAGCAAACGGACCACAUUCAGAAGAUUCAAUGUGACUCUCAUCGGUUCCACAGAAGAACAAGAGAAUGAAGAGACACCGCUAAUCAAUGUAGAUGUUCCUGUUGGAGUGAAUGAGCAGCAGGCGACAAGUUCCAUUUGACAGGGUCUGGCAGGGAUUGUUGGUGAGGGGAGUGAAUAUCCAGUGCUUUCUCCACCCUCAAUACCACGACUGAGGUGAGACUCUUGAGCAAGGCACCGUACCCCCAACUGCUCCCUGGGCGUCGCAGCAAUGGGUGUGUGUUCACGGUGUGUGUGUUCACUGCUGUGUGUGUGCACUUGGAUGGGUUAAAUGCAGAGCACAAAUUCUGAGUAUGGGUCACCAUACUUGGCCACGUCACUUCACUUUCACUUUCAGAAAUGUAUUAUACUGUAUGGCCAGAGUGUGUGUUUUAAAUGUGCCUUAAUUUUAAGUGUAUCAAAAUACACUUCUCAGUGAUGAACUGCAAUAAAUCAAACAUGGAUCUUGA